CAAGCCUAUAAUCGCUGUGCGUGAAAAGAUUCACGUGAACUCUCUAUGAGUGAAAAAUGAAAAAAUGAAAAGUGAAAAAUCAAACGUGAAAAGUUCCACGUGAAAUUACAUGAUUGACCCCCUAAACGCAGCCCAGUCCCCAGUGCGAGGCCCAUCAGUGGAAACUAGACCAUUGAAACCGCCACCGUCUAUUGAUGCUCGUGCCGAAUUUCUGCAUUUAAUGCGCACUGAGUGCACACCAAUUCUCUCAGUGAAAAACGCUGUUAUCACCCAUUACUGAGUGGAAAAAUAGAAAAUAAAUUUGUUAUUACGAUCAAAUCGUUCCCGCCACAUUAAACCACUAGAGACGGGCAACAUUAAAGGUGAAGAAGAAGUAAAAGACAUUUUAUUUAUCAUGGGUCUGUGUAAUAUCGAAUGUGUUGAAAGAGUAGCACGAUAUCUCGAUGUUCCAGAAAAGCUAUUUCUUGAUAAAAACAUAGUUAAAUCUGUGCAGAAUGUUUCAAGCUUUAGCACUACUGUGCAAACGCUUGUAAGAAGUUCAAAUUAUUCCAGUGCACUUCUGGAUAACAAGAAAGAAAUACGAGCAUUAAUACAGCAAUGGUUAGAAUACAUUGUAAUCUGUAUGAAUCAUGCAGAUGUUCCUGCGAAUGCCAAAAAGGUAUUAAAUGAUUUUGUGAUUGGUCAAGCCAAUUUGAAGAUAAAAAAAACGAAUGCAUCGGAGCUGAAUACAGUAUUAAAGGACCUAACAUAUAUAUGUGGUACAAAGAAGACAAUUGCGGACAUUGUGUUGUACUACGUUCUAUAUUCUGUAAUGAAUGAAUUAAACCUUCAGCAGAAGGCACAAUAUGUUCACGUAUCGAGAUGGUUUGACAAUAUUCAACAAGAAGAGAAAUUGAGACAGGAAUUAGAUUUAAUAUGUUUUAAUUUAUUACAUAUAUUUUUGUAAUUGGAAUAAAAUGUUUUGAAUUUAUUUUA